AGUUCUCUGAGAAGAUACUCAAGUGGAGACAUGAUGAAAUGCAGUAUUCGUAUGUUGUGUAUUCUUCUGUCAGUCAGUAACGCAGCAGUGUCAGGUGGUUUGGUUUGAAGCUCUGCAUGUGUUUCUCCUUGUCAUGGUGUUGCUGCUUUACCCAGAUGCUGCCUUCUUCAAAUUAAGACUAGAAAUCAAGAGACUAAUAUUCUCUAAGAAGAAAACCAAGAGGAGACAUGAUGAAAUGGAGUAUUCAUAUGUUGUAUUUUCUUCUGUCAGUCAAUAACGCAGCAGUGUCAGGGUAAUGUGUGUACACGAUGUCAUACAUUAUAUAUUAUUUACUGACCAGUGACAGAUUUAUACAUUUAUAUUGUCACUGUUACAGAUAUGAUAUUGUAUAAUUGCAGGAGCUUUUGGAUUCUGCACAUGAAUUUUACUCUAAACCUCAAACUAUGGUCUGUUUGUUAUAGACAAUAAAAUAUUCAGGUGCAAAUAGAUAAAUUUCUUUAUUUUGUCCUUGGUACUAAGAAAGUAAGAGAUUUCUAGGGUCAUGCUGUUAGAGAUCUUACCAUUAAUAAAUCCUAUGUGAUAUUCCUGGAUUUAUAUAUUAUAUUUACAUAAAAAUGGAUUGUUUUCAUUUAAUAAAAUUAUGCAAAAUGUACACUCUAUUCCAGAAAAAAAGAUACAUAAUUCAAAAGGAAGGGUGCAUGUAAACUUUUCUAAUUUCUACAUUUAAACAGAUGGAUGAAAGCUUUUUUCUCCAAGCGCCUUUGUGUCUUCCAGAAAACCCUUUAUAUACUCCAAAAAAAUACUUUGUAUAUACUCCAAAAAACCCUUUAUAUACUCCAAAAAACCCUUUAUAUACUCCAAAAAAACUGUAUAUACUCCAAAAAACCCUGUAUAUACUCCAAAAAACCCUUUAUAUACUCCAAAAAAACUGUAUAUACUCCAAAAAACCCUUUAUAUACUCCAAAAAACCCUUUAUAUACUCCAAAAAACCCUGUAUAUACUCCAAAAAACCCUGUACCUCCUUUUCUCUCUGUAUAUACUGCACACUCAGACAAACAAAACCAUCAGAGCUGUGUCCUCAUAGCUAUGGCCAAGCUGUUUAUUUAUUUAUUUAUUUAUUUAUUCACAUUACUGUUUAUUAUUCAGAAUUCUUUUUCUAACUAGAAGAAGAAGAAUUCUGAAUAAUAGUGUGUGAUUAUACAGCAUUGUAAUAGUCACUACAGAUUGUGCAUAUGCUGUGGUUGAGCACUAGGGGGCGCUCUGAGGAUUUCUAUAAAUAAACGCUUGCGGUCAUCUCGAGCUGAAGAGGGAAAAAAAAAAAAAAAAAAAAACACCAAACCUGCAAAACAAACAUAACCCCAUCUGUUCACUCUGUCAUUUAAAGUUACCUCGAUCCUGCUGUUGUAGACGAGGAUCUCCAGCACAGAGACGUCCUCGCCGCAUGUGUCAAGAUUUAUUCCCCCUUUGCUGUUAUGAUAAGCUCCACUCUUCUGGGAAGGCUUUCCACUAGAUUUUGGAGUGUGGCUGUGGGGAUUUGUCAACAUUCAGCUACAAAUGCUGUCUAGGUGAGAAAAAAUAUCUACAGACAAUGCUAGCUGUACAGAAAAGUUUUUCCCGAAGCGAAACACAAAUGUUCUCCGCUCUUCUCCACUGCAACCCUACUCCAUCUAAGACAAAUGAAGGACACGAUUAUUUACACAGUAUUAGUCUCCACGUGAAGGAAGCGUGUCUGCAGAUCCCAGUGAUGACACAAGUGCGCGAGGGAGGAACAAAACAAAACAAAACAAAACAAAACACCCGGAUGUGACCCUCGGCAUUCCACAGGCAGAACGAUGGCAUUGCCGACCCUUUCCUCGCACUGGCCCAGCCAGAUCCGUCCUCUCCAGCGUCAGCUGGCGCGUCAGAGAGAACAGGAAGCGCGACGUCUCCAGCAGUGGCAGACACACUCGCAGUAUUUUAAAGAGCAGCAGGUUCGCAGCAGUAAACAGGCGCACUGGAGCUCCCGCGAGUCCUAUCAGCAGAGCAUGUCGGCGUUUCGGCGUGAGCGUCUGCAGGAGGAGAGGAGGAGGAGCGUGGAGGAGCGCAGGGAGCGUCUGAGGAACAUGCUGCAGGAGGAGAGCGCACAGCUGGAGGCUGAGCUCCGAGCCUCCGCCCGAGACAGGAGCUCCACCCUGAGGCAGCAGCAGGAGAGGGCCGAGGAUCUGCGGUCAGCCCGCGAAGAGCGCAGGAAGAAGCUCGCACAGGAGCUUCUAAAGGAACACUGGAAGAAGAACAAUCCAGAACUGCGCAAGGUGGAGUCGGAGCUACAUAAGGAUCAUGUGGUGAGCCAGUGGCAGGUGCAACAGCAGCACAAAAAACAGGUGGAGGAGGAGGCCACGCAGGAGAGACGGCGUUUUGAGAACGAGUACGAGAGGAGCAGACGAGAGGCGCUGGAGAGGAUGAAGGAGGAGGAGGAAAGGAGGAAAGCGGAGGAGAGAGAAAGAGGCGAGUUCCUGCGCCAACAGAUGGAGGAGCUCAAACUCAGAGACGAGGAGAGCCGGCGACUGCAGCAGGAGGAGGACGCUCUGCUGUCUCAGCGUUUGGAGGUGGAGCAGCUGGAGGAGGACAGGAGGAGAGCCGAGGAGAGCCGGAAGAAAUCCGAGUUUGGACGUUUGCUGAGCCGUCAGUACCGAGCGCAGCUGAAGAGACGAGCACAGCAGGUCCAGGAGGAACUGGAGGCGGACCGGAGGAUCCUGGCGGCGCUGAUGGAGGGCGAGGAGGAGGAACGGCGGGUGGAGAGUGCGAGGAGGGAGAGGGCGGUGGCUGAUGUGGCAUGGAUGAAGAGGGUUCUGGAAGAGCAGCUGCAGCUAGAGAAGGAGCGAGAGGCCGAGUUCGACCUGCUCUACAGAGAGGAGGCACAGAGGGUGUGGGAUCAGCGUGAGGCUCAGUGGGAGAGGGAGAGAAGAGCCAGAGAGAGACUCAUGCACGAGGUGCUGGGUGUGCGUCAGGAGCAGCUGCACGAGCGGAUGGAGGAGAAGCGCAGGGCUCGGGAGGAGUGUGAGAGGAGGAGGGCGGAGCUUCUACAGCAGCUGGAGGAGGAAGAGGAGGAGAAACGACAGCAGAGGGAGGAGCGGGAGCAGCAACGCACCACACGCAUGCAAGACAUCAACGCUCAGGUGGAGCGGAGGCGCAGGGAGCAGUGGGCGGAGCAGCAAAGACUCGAGCAGGAGGAGGCCGAGCUGAGGGAGGGGCUUAGGCUGCAGGAGGAGGAGCUUCAGCUGGAGACAGAGAGGAUGACUCGGCGUGGUUACGAGGAAAGGAUUCACAGCAGACCUCGCUCAGCCUGGACAUGAGGUCAUGGGGACACACCCUCCGUUGUUGUUUGUGGUUUUCCGGCUGUAGCACAGUGACUGAGAUCAGGUAGAGUGUGUGAACAGUAAAUCGAGUGUGUGUCAGGACAGAACACUCUACACUGCAGUGUGUAUUAGGUAUGUGUCACUAACAUUUUAGCGUGGUUCAUCACUAAAUUGUUAAAAAAAGAAAAAAAAAAUCUUCGUCAGUGACGACUGCAUCUGUCCUGUUUUUAAAUUUGAUCAGCACUAUGGGAUAGUGGUUUUUUAAUGACCAAUGCAACACUUUUUUAUAAAAAGUAUAAUAAGUAUAUCCUGACAAGCGCCCAUCAGUCCACGAGGGCGGAGCUUAUAUUAACGCUACUCCAGCAGUAGCUAGCCAAGUUCACGUUAUGUAAAGUAUUGUUGUGACAUCACAUGAUCAAGUUUGCUUUCAGCUGACCAAAUUUAACUUAAGCACCACCUCAAAAGGUUAUCAGCACAUGCCUAAUUAACCUAAACUACACCAGGGUGUGUUGUGCUUAGCUUUGUGUUAGAUUAGCUCAUGACCGUUGGCUAGCUUUAUAGCCUAGCUUAAUGUUUUAGAGAAAUAGACGAAUGAAUUUACCAUGUUUUGUAUGACUGAAAUGUUCUGUAUUUAUAUGAGUUUGUAUGUCAUCACAAAUUUAUAAUUAAACAUGCUUUUGCCAAA